CAACGCAACUCUUCUAAAGAACGGAGAAAGACAAAUAUGCCGGGUGGGGUUGAAGAAGAAAAUUCUCUCCAUAUAUCAAAUGGCAAGAAAAGGCCGCAAUCCCGAAGGUUUUUCCUCACGUUUCGGCAGCUAAAUGCACUUGCAGGGAUGAUUGCUCUCUCUGUUAUGGGCAUGGUUAGUGUUGAAGAUUUGGCUUUUGUGGUCUUUUCUUUAGCAUAUAUUCACUUCUUAUCAAAAGUUGCCUUUCCCCCUCUUUCCCCUCGGCCCAAUCCCCGAGUCUUUGGUGAAAAGAACAGGCUUCAAGAUCUCUACGUGCUUUUCUCUGGAAUAAUCAGUUUAGCUUUCCCAUCGGCAUACAUACUCGAGGGUAUGUUCCGGGGAUACAAAGAGGGUGUCAGGGUAGCUGCGUCACACGUCUUUCUUCUUGCUAGUCAGAUAUUCAUGGAAGGAGUGGCUUUUUACGGUGGUUUUUCCAUGCCAGUUUUUGCUUUUGUGCCUGUUUUCUACAAUUCAAGAAGGAUCUUUACCGUUGCGGACUGGCUGAGGAGUGAAUUUUACAAGACUGAUGAAAAUCCUAGAAGAUUGUACAUUGGAAGAGGCCUUGCUGUCGUUAAUAUGGCCUUUUGGUGCUUCAAUUUGUUUGGGUUCUUGUUGCCUGUUUUCCUUCCAAGGGUCUUCAAGGUAUACUAUUCAUCUGGGCACAGGGAUGAACACUGAAUAACACUUGCACGACAUGGUAUAGAAUGAAAAAGGGCUUAUGACAAGAAUCAAAUUCCUACCCGGAAAUAGAUGGGAAUCCAGAUUCUCAUCUCAUUGUUUGGGCGGGGAUCGCAUCGCAGUUUGUGUACUUGCGACCACUUACGUUAGUAUUGAAUUUGUACGUAUUCUAAAGUCUGCACUAUACUAUUAGUUUUGUACUUUUUGUGUUUUUUCUUCCUUCCGGCCUUUUGUUCCAUAAUAGUAAUCAGUUUGGACAGAUGUAAACUCUCAUUACUGAUAUUAGUUGAUUAUACAUCUCUUCACUCC